CAAUGCAUAGAAUUUAUAUCAAUAAAUAAACAUUGCAGGAGAUGUUUAACCUUAAAAAAUAAGCGUAUGAAUUCUUAAAAUACACUACUUGCCUGCAGGGGUUAAUGAAUAGUGUCUUUGCACAUGGGGUGGUGUGUAGCCAUAUCUUUGGAAUAUGCUGAGCUGUAGCAUGGAAUUCUAUCCUAUUUUGUGCAGUCAGGGUAAAAAUGACCCACAUUAGUAAGCGUGAAAACCUGUUUUAUUUAUUAAAAAAGAGAGCCAGCAGCUUUCAAGUCAAUAUGCUGAUAUGGAUUGGUAUGCGUCUAUACCAGUGUUAAGAUAAUGGGUCAAAUGUGUACAUACAGUACCAGUCAAAAGUUUGGACACAACUUAUAUUUAGUAAAAUGUUCUGCAUUGUAGAUUAAAACUAAAAUCAACAAAAAUAUGGACAAAAACAUUAUUAUGGAAUUAUUGAGUAAAUAAAAAAGUGUUAAACAUGUGGAAUAAUAUGUUUUCUAUUUUAAAUUCUUUAAAGUAGCUCCUCUUGCUUAGAUGACAGUUUUGCACAUUUUGGCUGGAUUUUCUCAGUCCGCUUUAUGAGGUGGAGUCACCUUGAAUGUAUUUCAGUUAACAGCUGUGCUGUACUUAUCAAGAGUUAAUGAUUUGAAUUUCUUGUCUCUUAAUGUGUUUGAGAGCAUCAGUAGUAAAGUUGUGAAGAGGUAGAGUUGGUAUACAGUGAAUAGCUCUAUUUGAGUAAUGUUCUAAUGAGACAUGAUCUACUAUCUAGCUAAGUAAAGAAAGAUACUUUAAGAAAUAAAGGUCAAUUCAUCUGAAACAUUUUAAGAACUGUGAGGCAUUGAAUAAAAUGGUGUGUUCAAACUUUUGACUGUAUUCUGAACCAAAAUAUGUCCUCUAUUGUUUGUUUACUCAUAUCGUCUAUGCUGCCUUGACAGAAAAAGGAUUUGAGAUCAAAUGAUUAUGUGCUAAGCCACCAUAUUAGAAUAAACAUACUGUUGCUGUCUGACUAAUACCUUUUAUGUCAAUUUUUGCAGUUUUGCUGUCACUUUUUGCCAUAAUUUGAUUCUGGUUGUUGUUAUUUGCAUAAAAAUGAAUGAUGAAUGGACUAGUAGAAUUGUUCUAAAAUUUUGUGCACUGAAAUCUUUUUGCUUUGACUGUUACUAAAGAAGGUUAAGAUUUUUUUUAAAUUUUUUAUAAGGUAAAGUUUCGGAGAUACAAUUAUUUUGCCUGACAGCAACAAUUAAAAUAAAUGUAUUACUACCAUCAGCAAUAUAUGUUUGGCAGUCUUAGCAAUAAUAACUCUAUGCAGUAUUAAACUGCCUAAACACAUUAAAAAGUUAUGAACCGUCUACAAGUGGAAAAAAACUUUUAAUCAUUCAUAGAACCAAGUUUGACAACAAAGUGUUAGAUCGGGACACAAUAAGGCAUCUAUAGCAGGUGUUAAAUUAAAUUCUCACUUCAUGCAUGUGCACGUGAUACCAUAGGCGUCACAUGCACACACUGUAAAACAUACACGCUUACUCUUGUUUGCAGUUGUCACAUAUUGAGUUAAUGAAUCAUAAUGAAAAGUUGUAGAGUCAGUGUUAAACAGUUUUGUCACUGUCAAUAUGUGACCACGAGAUGAGUCAUCAUGUGUACGCAUCCUCUGCCAUUCACACAACAUAAAUUCACCCAGUCAACACUGGAAGCUGUUGAAUAUCAAAACAGCACUUUCUCAAAAUCUCAGAUCUAUUUUUACAAAAGACACUACCAGAACAUUGUCAGUAUGUACACAAAAAUAAUCUAUCAAAUAUACUUGGUGAAAUCAAAAGAAGUUAAUAAAUAUGAGGCUUUACAGAAUGCCCCGCCUCUUUAUUUUUCCACCAACCGUACCAAAAACGUACCAAACUGUGGGGUUAAUACCGCGGGGUGAAUCCUGCACACUCAUAGUCUGCCAAAGCUGGCGUCCCAGCUGGUCCUAUAAAUGCUUGUUUUGUAAAUAAAUCUGACAAGUAAGUAUUGCAUCUGGAGGAGACAUUCCAGUGAAGUAUAUUUCAGCAUAUAUAUUUUCUUUAUAUUCUCUUUUAUUUCUCUUCACACUCUUCACUAAUGUAUGUACUUUAGGUAGACCCUGCCUACGACUGUGUAUGGCUAUGUAUGCUUAAGUGUUUCCAGAUGUGUACCACAAACCCAUAAAGAGGUCCCCAAGAGUGGGAAAGGGGGAGAGAGGGAAAAUCAGAAUUGGGAAAAGAUCUCUCUCCAAGGCUGGCCUAGGAAGCAUUGAAGAUAUUGUCUUAGUCUUUUGUAAUAAUUAAUUGUAUUACACCUAAGGCAAUGUCUGCUGUGUCUUCUUCUUCAUCUUCAAGCAUCUUCACAGCAAAGAGACAGCGGUAAACGACACCAGAAAAUCCAUCUGAUCCAUUAUCCUGCUGAAAAAAUGCCCCUUCGAAGCCCUACCAUGUGACCUCAGGAUGUCCUGCACAUAUCACUGAGCUGUUAAUGUGUCUCUCAUAUCUCUUAUGCAGUAUCUCCCCAGAUCAUCAAACCAGUAGUUGGGGAAGUGUUCCAAUCCACACCAAAGAUGCAAAGAUGCACUCAUCACAAGUCAAUACUAAACAGAACAUGGAUUUGUCACUAAAGAUAAUAUGGUUCCAGUCUGUAGCAAUCCACGACACCAAUCACAACACCACUGCAAACAAGGGUGACAGUGAGUGACUGACUGAAGAACAGCCUAGAUGGUAGGCAAUUAGUUAACACUAACAUCCUGCUUCUUCCAGUCCAGUAAAGCCCGCCCUCUAAAAGUCUGUCAACUGAACAGAAUUUGCCAUAGUGCAGUGAAUGAUCUCUCAACAGGAGGUACACUACCUACAAGUAGUCUCUAAAACCUAUGUUACCACCAUCUUGUGGCAAAACCCAGUGUCUAAUCAGACCCACCUGUAAACAUUUACAUAUUUGUGCAAGACAUACAGUAACUGCAAGCUGACCUUAUUUGUCAGUGAUGAUAAAAAUGAUGUUUGAUUGAAGGUAUACAUUUUUCAGUAGCAGAGCAUACCUUUCGUGACUGAGGCAAAGCACCAACCCUCUGAAGGAUUAUGGCAUCAACCAACAUAUUACUCAGCAAUGGUCAGCAGAUGCCAGUUGUGGGUCUUGGAACGUGGAAGAGUGCACCAGGGCAGGUGAAACAGGCUGUGCUAGCUGCGCUGGAUUGCGGCUACAGGCAUAUUGAUUGUGCUUCGGCCUACAGUAAUGAGCAUGAGGUCGGUCAGGCGAUAGCUGAAAGAGUUGGGCCUGGAAAGCCACUAAGAAGAGAAGAUAUAUUUGUAACCUCCAAGCUGUGGAAUACCAAGCAUCACCCCGAAGAUGUAGAAACAGCCUGUAGGAAGACAUUAUCUGAUCUCGGUCUAAAAUACCUGGACCUGUAUCUCAUACACUGGCCAAUGGCGUUUGAGAGGGGAGAUGAGUUAAUGCCUAGGAGAGCUGAUGGAACUAUUCGCUAUGCAGAUACCCAUUACAGAGACACCUGGUCAGCAAUGGAGAAACUGGUGGACCAGGGUCUGGUGAAAUCCAUUGGCCUGUCUAAUUUUAACACCAGACAGAUUGAUGAUAUCCUCAGCUUCGGAAAGCACAAGCCUGUGGUCAACCAGGUGGAGUGCCAUCCAUACCUAACGCAGUCUGAGCUGCUGCUUCACUCUCAGAGUCGAGGGCUGGUUCUGACGGCCUAUAGUCCUUUGGGUUCUCCUGACCGACCCUGGGCUAUUCCAGGUGAACCAUUGCUGCUUGAUGACCCAAGAUUGGUGUCCAUGGCUGACCGCUACAAGAAAACAACAGCUCAAGUUAUACUCAGAUGGCACGUUCAGAGGGGACUUGUGUGUAUUCCUAAAAGUGUCACUCCAUCCAGGAUUAAGCAGAACAUUGAGGUCUUUGAUUUUAAGUUAUCUGACGAGGAUAUGAAGAAAAUUGAAGCCUUUAACAGGAAUGAGAGACUCAUCAUUCCAACUAUAGAGAAGGAUGGACAGAAGGUCUGGAGAGAUGCCAGCCAUCCUCAUUUUCCUUUUCAUGAUGCAUACUGAUUACAGCCAGUCCAGUCUAACUGUGCAACAGCGCACACUAGAACAGCAGGGCUCCAUUUCAAAGGACUCUCAGACUGCUUUUAUUAUCUAAUUAUAGAACUGGUGAGAUAGAAAUUGUUAAAACUCCUGGGCACACCGCUCUGUUUAAAGGCUGGAACUCGUGAAAUAAUUUACAUCAUAACACUACUAAAGGAUCAGGGAACAAACAGCACAAAGAAAUUGUCACUGUGGUAUAAUACACAAUCUAUAGCCUGGCUGAGUUAAUGAUUACAAAUAAAUAAAUAAUAACAUUA